CGCCCCGGACUUUCAGUGUGUGUGUGUCGGUGAGCCAGCGAGCGCCCCGGACUUUCAGUGUGUGUGAGCUGCUCUCUGCUUUACUGAGAGAGGAGGAGAGAAGGAGAAAAGGGGGAGUGCCUGAUUCCAGUCUUGCUCGCUGUGGGUUUAAAGGAAAAGGGAACAUUUCUCUCUCUACUGGUACGAAGGCAGCAAACAGCCAAUGUGCCUCAACUAUAGGAACUAUACAACAACUGCCCUGCUGGGGACUCUGGCCCUGGUUACUUCUACCAUGGCAUAGCCUGCUCUUCUCCCAGGGAGACUAACCCACUAAGGGAACAGACAUGCACGGUGGGCACCACCAGGGAUCUAUGCUGCUGUCAGGUCCUGUUCAUCAGUGAUUUAACACGGAGGAACCAUGGUGAGCAAGGCGGAGGGUGGCAAAAGCAUGCUCACCAACUCCGAGUCAGACUCAGAGGUGGCGCCCACCCCCUCCCCUUCCGCCUCGCUGGCCCUGGAGGUCAAAUACUCCUUCCUGGACACCAGCAGCAGGUCACAGCAGCAGGUGAGGAAGAGGAACAAGGCCCUCCAGGUGAGAUUCAAGGACAUCUGCGAGGCGCAGAACGAGCAGAGAGAGGCCGCUCUACAGAUGGCUGGGAAGGGGGGCAAGCCAGUCUCAUACAAGGUCUGUAACCAACCCUCCUUUUGGUUUGGGAACAUAUAUUACAGUAUUAUUGUACUAUGACCGUGGAAUAGAAGAAACACGGUCCUGGGAACUUCAAGGGCUGCACAUUUAGCUUCAUCUUUGAUAAUGAUUUGAAUCAGCUGUGAAGUACUAGGGCAACACCCUAAAUUAUCACCCCUCG